GGUAACUACUUACGACGGACUUAGUACUUGGCAUCUGCCAAUCUACACUGCCAGGUGAACCACGCAGAAUGCCGCGCAAAGACACGGGAUCGGGACCCAUAUCCGCCCAAGCUCAGCAGGAUCUCGUUUCAGAGGGCAUCGAAAACUUCGAACUACCCAAAAGUCUGGUGACAAAGAUUGCCAAGUCAGCAAUACCGGAUAAUGCCAAAUUACAAAAGGAAACCGUUCUGUCGCUCGUGAAGGGGUCCACCGUAUUCAUCAAUUACUUGGGUGUGUGCUUGUACUCCUGUCUGUCAACGCUGUUAUUCAGUACUCUCAAGCUGCGACGUAGGCGUCACGGAUACUUUGUUACCCGCCCGCAUCGAUUCAACGACUCAUUUUAUAGCGCGCAUGACGUGGCACUGUCGAAGCAACAUAAGAGCAUUUCUGCAUCAGACGUCCUAAAAGCCCUAGAAAUGAUCGAAUUCGGUGACUUGGUGGAAAAACUGCAAGAAGAGCUUCAAAUCUACAGGGAUAACACUAAGGGUGACAAAGGAAAGAAAAGUGCAGUUGUUCCCUCGGGUAAGGGAAAGGCUAAAGAAAAGAUCACCUCGUCCGUCUCACAAUCAGCUGCUGAAGAGCUCUAUUCGGGUAGUCCUGUCAGAGACGAAGGGGAGAUGGGUGAAGUGGUGGGGGAUGAAGAUGAUGAGGGGGAAGUUGACGACGUAGUCGAGCAUGACGAGGAGGAAGAACCUCUGGAUACGAUGCACAUCGAAACUGAAGAACUUCAGAGAGACGCAGCCGAGCUUCAUGAAUUCCCCGCCGACCCAUGAUAAGAGAAGCUGCACCAGGUAUGCAACUGAGGAAACGAACUAGUGGUUGCUACCUCUAUGCCCCUCUAGAAUGGAAUACGAGCGACCUUGUUAGCGUCCCCGGAUACCACCAUGUUUAGGCGUAUCUGGUGGCUGGUCGUGUUGCGUUGGGUGUGAAACUCCUUAAGUCAUCAGACAUUGACUUACCACUGAGCCAUACUAGCUUACUGUGGGGAUAUAGGGUCCGAGAAGGUAUCUACCUUUGGUAAGUAAUGUGACUCCUCUUUCAUGUCCUGCUCCGUCAUACACAACCGCGAAUCUUGGUCCAUCUCCAACGAUGACGGUAUGAACGCCUUUGGGCGCCAAAGUCACCUACCUGACUCCAAACACGUGACAUG